AUGGCUGCUUCACUUUAUAAAACUGACUCUGGCCGCAUGUUUCACGCGGGAACCAUCGCUAUUAUCACUGUGGGUCUUCCAGCAAGGGGCAAAACACACGUAUCUCGGUCACUAUGUCGCUAUUUAAGGUGGCUUGGUGUACAAACAAAGGUCUUCAGCGUCGGAAAUUAUCGACGUCACGUCAUGGGCACACCUAAAAGACUUCCACGGGAUUUUUUUAGUCCUGGUAACCAAGACACAGCUGAGCAACGAAACAUCAUCGCGAAUGCUUGUUUACAGGGUAUGAUUGAAUGGUUUAAGAAGGGCGGGCAGGUCGGCAUCUAUGAUGCUAGUAAUACUACUGAACGAAGGAGAAGAGAAAUACAUGAAACUUUGAUAAAGCAUGAUGUUCAUCCAGUAUUUAUUGAAUCGAUAUGUGAAAAACCAGAGAUCAUCGAAAGUAAUAUUCGAAGUGUUAAGAUUUCAUCACCUGAUUAUCUUGGUUGGGAUCCGGAAGAGGCGGUGAAAGAUUAUUGGGAGCGAAUCAAUAAUCAUAUGCCUUAUUAUGAAACUAUCAAUGAUCCUUCGUUAGAUUUUGUGAAACUGGUAAAUGUGGGGGAACAGAUCAUCGUGAAUAAUGUGAAUGGAUAUCUUCAGUCGGGAGAAUGCCUUAAUGAAGAAGCAUCUCAAAAAACAGAUGCUGGGUUGUCUCCUUGCGGACGCGAAUACGCUGAAAGGCUCAAGAACUUUAUUUUGAACUUGAGAGAACGCGAAAAACAAGAACGGAGAGAGCAGGGUUGGGGAGAUGAAGAAGAGAGGCAGUUGAUUGUUUGGUCAUCUGCUCGUCAACAAUGUUUACAAACAGCACAACCUUUUGCUGAGGCAGGAUUCACAGUGAGUCCGCGAACAUUGAUGGGAGAAAUAAAUUUGGGUGAGGCAGAUGGUUUGAGUAAUGAAGAAUUAAAAGAAAAAUUUCCAAAGGAAUAUGCGCGGCAGCAGCAAAAUCCAUAUCACCACCGGUAUCCUAGAGCUGAGUCAUACCAUGAUCUAGCAGUACGCUUAGAAGCUGUAAUUCUAGAAUUGGAACGCGAAAAGAACGAUGUUCUAAUUAUCGCACACGAGACCGUUUUACGGUGUCUAUACGCUUAUUUAUUUGAUCGUCCUGAAGAGGAGAUACCAACUCUCGCUAUCCCGAGAGACGAUUUAAUCGAGGUCAUUCCCUCAGCAUACGGAUGCAAAGAAAAAAGAGUGAAAAUAUUUGAGAAUUCUGAACUGAAUUUAAAUAGCAAUAUCUUUAAUAUACAGGCACAACCACAGCAACAAUACGAAGGUACUCCUGAAAAUAAUGAACAAGUGUUGAUUCCACGUCAAAAUGGAGACAAAAGCAAAAGAUGCGAAAAUAAUAUUGAUAGUACUACAAUAACAAAUGAAAAGGUACCGUUGGGUGUAUCGAUGUUGAAUGGACAAAAGAGAUUAAAUGAAGACAAAAAACAUCAACAAACAGACGUUUUGUAUGCAUCUGGAAAUAAUAACGAAGAACGACAAACCCCCAACUAUAUCGAAAAGAAAAAAACCAAUAUGAUUAGUAAUAGUAGUAGUAAUGACGGUGGUUGCUGUGGUUUCAUUAACGUACAAAUUGAAAAAAUGUGUGCUAAUACAGGAGAUUUGAAAGGUGGUGGCGGGGAAUGA